CCGUAUUCUCGUAAUAACUCCGUGUUACAACAUUACGGGCGCGCGUGCAUCUGGCCGCAUAUACGCCGCUAUGUAAACGUAGUAAAGGGGAAUUCCCGUUUACGUGACUCCGUAAAAGGUUUUUUUUUGUUUUUUUUUUUUGGUUUUUUUUAAAUAAAACAAAUAAAAACAAAACAAAACAAACGAAACAAAAAUGAUGCUGUCAAUAGAAGGGGGGCCAAUGGGGAAUCGAUGGAGCCAAAGAGCGGCAUUCCCACGCCAGAGAGAAACAGAGCAGCGCUGGAGGAGGUGACGAAUUGAGUCCGCGGGAGAGACCCCUAAACGCUGGCCUAGGAGGCGACCAAUUCUGGACAACG